UCCAUCAACCUUUGCUCGGACGUCUCCAGCAGUUCCCUGGAUGCCGAGCACGCCUCAUCCACGCAGUUCACCAGAAAACCCACGUCUUUUCCCCUUAGGGCGUCUCUGACGGGCUUACCGGCCGCCUCGUCCCAGUUUGAGUCGACGUGGACCAAAAUAGUUUCCACGCCGUAGCUCUGGGUGAGAUUAGCGGCAAAGUCGCUAAUGGCCGAGCGGUGCUUGGUGACGAAAAUGAUGCUGAGGCCUUGACGGGCCAGUUCCUCGGCGUAGGCUUGCGCCACAGGUUCUGAUGCACCUGAUGGGAAGAUUUGAAUCAUUGAGCAACAGGGAUGUCUGCUGAAAAUGAGGAUCAGAUGGCAGUCCUGCUCAAGCAGUUCUUGAGAAGCAUCGACGAGCGACUCUCUGGUGCUCCCUCGCCUCAAAGCGCUGAUGAGAUCCUCCUUCACCUGGAGGAAACUGACAAGAACUUUCACAACUAUGAGUUGGUCAAGUACCUACGUCAGCGCUUGGAAUCCAACGUUGGGUGCGUGGUGGAUGAUGAGCUCAGGAAGUUGACCUGCGAGGAUGGAAAACACGCUGUCGGCUCAGGCCACGACACCCUCGUCCACGCUGUAACUGGCCACAUUUGUGCAACGGCGCAGUACCUAGAGAUGACGCACAAUUUAAGGACCACCGUGACAGCGGCGGUGGAGUCUUUAGUGGGCAGAUUUGACGAGGUCCAUUUUAGGAAGGAGGAGAUGCAACACGGCCGCUACGCCGAUGACUGCUGUGACAGCGACUCCUCCUUCAACCAGAGUUACGCCUUCAUUCGACAGGAGCAGUUGCAGGUUUUAGCUGAAAAACUGGAUGCAAGUCAACCUAAAGAGGUGCGCAGAGAAGCCCUGCUGGCGCUCCGCCACGCGCCUCCGUCCGACGUGCUUAGCUGUGAAAGUUGGACCCGCCUUCGUCAAAACAUGGCCGCCGCUCUGAUUGAACCCGACGGCGAGCUCAGUGACCACGUUCUUCAGUUUUUCGCCAAGAGCUUCUCCUUGUCCCCGUUGAACGUCACCCGGGAAAUCUACACAAGCCUCGCUAAAAGCGUGGAAUCCAGUUUCCUGUCCCUAAACCUGAGCUUUCCAAGUGGUGCUGCUAGCUUGGACGUCAACAGUCCUGAGAUAAGCUCUCUCCUCAAACAGAUGCGUCUGAUGAAUGACUUUCAAAAGGAAGUGACUACCUUCUGGAUCCGCCACCCAGAAAAAUACAUGGAAGAAAUCAUCGAAAGCACCUUCUCCCUCCUGUCUGCCCGUCGCAACUCAACUGAGAAAGCCUUGGAGCCCACUCACCUGCUAGCGCUGCUGGACGUUCAAGCUAGCUGGUUCACAAAAUGGAUGCAUGGCUCCUAUAGCAGAAUGGUGGUUCUCAGGCUCCUUGAGAAGAAAUACAAGAGUCUGUUGGAGGCCGUAUUACAGGAGUGCAUCCUUUACCGGGAAUGUGCCCAGCGUUCUGCUCGUUUCCACUCUGAGGAGCAGCAGAGCUCAAGUGAUGGCGUAGGCAGCGUUUAUAGCGGGAAAGAGUUGCAGUACGCCGUGGUGGUGCAUUCGCUCUGCGUUUUGGGGAAGGUCCUUCUCUACGCCAAUGGCAGGAAACUCUUUCCCAUCAAAGUGGAAGCACGGGAAGAUCCAAUCAGUCUGACGGACCUGGUGGUGAUUCUCAUAGACAUCAUGUGUCAACACCCCCAGCCUUUUUGCAGCGAUAGCCUGCACACAGAAGCGCUGUGCCCAAGCGGCCUAGUGAUGGCGACGCUGUGUGCCAUGUGUGAGAGGACUGAGUGCGCCGAUCAGUGUCUCCACCAGACGCCCGUUAUCCAGACUCUUAUGGCGCCCGUCAUCCAGGCACUCAGUGAACGUCAGACGGAAUUAAAGCAUCCUGCAGCCACACUGCCCUUGGUGGCGGAAGUCCUGGCUCGAAUGGUGAACACUGAUAGAGGGUUGGCUCUAUUUCUGUAUGAGGAGAACCUACUUUUAGGUCAAAAUGAGAGAUCCACGGCCGCUCACGUGCUGCUUCGGUUCACCCUGAGGCUUCUGAAUCGCCAGCUCUCGGCAACCGGUGAUGGUGACGACUCUUCUCGUGCUUUGUGUGGGGCCUUCAUCUUUUUGUGCAGCCAGAUGUGCAAUACCUGCGAGGGCCUGCAGGUUCUGCGAGGGUACGGCUUGCAAAAGGCGGUCGCCACCGUCUGGAAAAAGACCAGUUCAUUUUCUGAAAGGAUUCCAACACCAGUACCUGAAAACAACCCUGCAACGUCUCCACAGGAAUUGCAACACAUGCUAAUGUGGGAGGAAACGUUGCUGGACUGCCUUCUGAACUUUGUGGCCACCCCUAAGGGAGUUCUGCUACUACAGCAGACAGAAACCAUGCAAGAGUGCAUCUCACACAUGUUCUCUCGCUUUAGCAAAAAAAUGCAGGUGAGCCGUUGCGAGAAGUUCGGUUAUGGCGUCAUGGUGACGCAGCUGGCGGCGACGGCGCCGGGCGCCGCGGCUUUGCAUCGCUCCGGCUUUAUCCGGGCCCUGAUUGUGGAGCUGUGGUCGGCGUUGGAGUGCGGCAGCGAGGAUGCUAGGGCGGUCCGACCCAAACCUACAGCUACAGAACCCAUAGACAGGAAUUGUCUCAAGUCCUUCCUGUCCCUGGUCAACUUGCUCUCGUCUCCACUAUCCAUGUGGCAGCUCGUGGCUGGUCAAUCUUUGGCCAACAAACGUAAAUACACACUGAGAGAAGUGCCAAGCUUUGUGCCGGAUUUGAUCGACAGGCUGAUUGCUGUAAAUUCCACCAGCAAGAUCCACUCCCUCUUCCACUAUGAACAGUCGCACACGUUCGGUCUCAGACUGCUCAGCGUGCUGUGUUCCAGUCUGGACUCCCUCCUGCUGCUUGAGAGCCAAUACAGCAUCUGUUCCAUGCUGCUUCAAAGCCAGAGGGACAAUGUGGCCUACCGGGAUGCCGGCGACGGAAGCUUCAUCAUUGACAGCUUGUCUGUGGAGAGGAAUCACGUGCUGGUUCGCAUGGCGGUGAUCGGAGGCCCGUCAGAGAGGAAACUCCCCCCGCGAACCUUGCAACAGGGAGAUGAUCCUUACCCCUGGCCUAUGUUUUGGUCCCUCCCUCCACCCGCCUGCUAUAAUUUGAACCCACCAAGAGCCAAACAGAACCUGCUAGAACCUGAGAUGAUUCACUUCCUGACGUCAUCUCAUACCACAAUGACAGGAGACAGUUGGUACGAAAAUUGCAGGCAACUUUACCGUCAAGUUAUGACGGACGGGCACCACGGCCUGAAGGUUACAGUGUUGGCUGACCUUCUGGAGAAGGUUGUGCUUCAUCUGUCCAAAUACUCCACGGAGCGCUUCUUCUCUCCGCCCGACUACAACAAAGCCGAGGAGAUGAGUGUGGACGGCGUGGAGUUGUCACCUGUGGAAAUCCUUGGCAUGGAUGUUUGUCUCAGGUACGGCGUCUCCCUCGAACUCUUCCGACGAGACGAUGCGUCGGGCAACCUGACGCUCCUCAUGAAGCACGUCAAGAAUUUCCUGUCUCGGCGGAGGGUUUCAAGAUCCUGGCAACUUGUCAUGGGUCAAGAUGAAUAUCCAGGCCACGAUUGGUUGACAUCGACCGUUUUCUUGAUGAUGUCCGGUGAUUGGCAGCGAUCUCUGAGGGUUCUGAACAAUUUGUCCUCUCUACUCACUUCUGCCUUCAUCUGGCCGGCCAGUAUACAUGCCUCCGUGGACAUUCCAUUGCGAGUGGCCGAGUCUGGAAUGCCUCCACUGUACUGGAGCUCGGCUCACUACGUGGAGAUGUUGCUGAAGGACGAACUCCAACUAGUGCACGCCGCGUUCAAGAUGUCCGGUUUCACCCCUUCACAGAUGUGCAUCCACUGGUUGACUCAGUGCUUCUGGAACUUUCUAGACUGGCCUGAGAUCUGCCACUACGUGUGCAUGUGUGCGCUAAUGGGAGCCGACUACCAGGUGUACGCCUGCUUGGCCGUCUUCAAGCAUUUGCAGCCACGAUUACUGGAGCAAACACAAGCGAGACAGAUGCAGAUUUUCCUCAAGGAGGAACCCAUCCAGGAUUUUCACUUCUGCGACUAUCUGGACUUCAUGGAGCUCCUGGAACGACGCUACCGGAGCCUUGUACUCAGUGACAUGAAAAGCAUCCGCGACCCUAUUUAGUUAGCGGAAUGCUAAUUGAAGGGGAGUUUUCGACCAGCGUGUCUGGUUUGUUCAAGAUAACAAGGCUUCUCUGUGGAGAUAUGAUGGCCUCCAAGAAGUUGAAGGUUAUACGCUAUACUCGAGGGAAGGAAGUCUGUAUUGUCUCGGUCGUUCCCUGAGCCAAGUUCUUGGCUGACUGAGCAUCCCCAAAGACUGGACCUGAUAACCCUAUUGAGCCACUGCCUGGGCCUUAAAUAAUGUGUAGCCAACUUGCUCAGGUCCAUGGAGUCUUUCAAGGCCAGUAUAUAGUCAGUCUUAGACUACGUCUACACCAGGACAGAUAAUUUUCUCCGGAGUAUUUUGCUGACUAUUUUUAUACCCGUCCGCACUGCAUUAAAGGUGCGUUUAAGGCCCCUCCGCUUCUGCAUUUGCACAAACUACACAUGCAUAGAAAGUAGGGUAACACUUUAUAAUAACUAUCCGUUUUACUAGUUAAUAGAUCAUUAGUAAACUGUUGGUAAAUGAUUUAUUGUUGAUUUGUGAAGUAUUCGUUAACAGUUUGUUAAGCAUUUACAGGGUGUUCCAAUAUGGUUGACCCCAUUCUAAAUGCCCAUGCUAGUUGAUGGAUCUUAAUAAAACUAUAUACACUUAAUGUUGAAGGUCAUAAGUUUUAUUUGUUAAAUAUACAAAGAAAAGUACAAAUAUUUGUUGGUUCUGUGGCAGAUUUUCAUAAAUGUGCAACAUGAGCGCUGCCUGCAAAAUGCCUUUUCUUUUGAAAAGGCAUUUCUUAACCUGAAAAGAUAGAAAUGCCAAACGUUACACAAAAACUUGAAACGUUUCUUCACAAACUGUUUCAGGUUAAGAACACCCUGUAAAUGCUUAACAAACUGUUAACAAAUACUUCACAAAUCAACAAAAAAAUCAUUUAUCAACAGUUUACUAAUGAUCUAUUAACUAGUAAACGGAUAGUUAUUAUAAAGUGUUACUGAAAGUAGCAUUCUCAUGUAUUACAUCACUGUCCGCGCGGCUUACCUCUGAACUGGAAACACCGGCAGGAAAUUUCAAAAUUACUACACCUUCUAGACCAGGGGUGCGGAACUCCGUUUUGUGAUCACUGUUUUUUUCGUGAAUGCAUUUGAACGCAUCAUGCAGGUGCUAGAGUGAACGGACUGAGGGCACACUCGGCUUUUACGCGCAGUCACCAAGUUGACAUUGAAAUAAAUCUUUAGAAAACAACAACGAAAGCCUGACAUCAUUACUUGGGAUGUUACAAUUGACGCUCAGUUGCGCACUCACCACUUGGAAAAUAACAAAGAGAAACAUAUGGUUGUUGUGCUGCGUAUAUUUCCUGGAAACCGCAACCAGGAGUGCUUGUGCAUAACAGUGGCGAUCCUGGAAGUGGUGACAGUUUUGACAGGUGGAAAUGUCAUGGAAACAAACUGGUCCUGCGCCUCUGUGACUGGGGGUACCACGCAGUUCAUUUUUCAUGGUUUAAUUUUCUCCUAUGCAUUUUUACAUAGCAUAUUUUUCGGACUAUAAGUCGCAGUUUUUUUUCAUAGUUUGGCUGGGGGUGCGACGUAUGUGUGAAAUUAUUAACACAUUAUCAUAUCAUUUCACAUGUUAUUUUGGUGUCUUGGAGUGACACUGAUGGUUUGGUAAACUUGUUAGCAUGUUCUUUAUGCUAUAGUUAUCUGAAUAAAUCUUAAUAGCUAUGUUACGUGAACAUACCGGCCACGUUUGCAUUUCGUUGUUCAUGCAUCAUGUAACAUUAUCAUACUGUACACUUAUUCAGCAUGUUGUUCUCUUUUGUAUUUUUAUUUUAAAUUGCCUUUCAAGAUGACAUACCUGUUCUAUGUGUUGGAUUUUAUCAAGUAAAUUUCGCCCAAAAAUGCGACUUAUACUCCGGUGCGACUUGUAUAUGUUUUUUUCCUCUUCGAUGGGCAUUUUAUGGCUGGUGCGACUUAUACUCAGGUGCGAUUUAUUGUCCGAAAAAUACGGUACUCCAGUUCGGUCGGCAUUGAGUUGGGGGGGGGCAGCACCGCAGCUGGCUGAUAGGAGCUGAAACGCGGGAGGCGAGCUCUCUAAUAAAACGCUCAUCUCUGUGUAAUCCGCGAUGGGAGGACCAUCAAUGGGCACUGAAUUGAAGCAUAUUAUUGCGACGUACGUUUGAAGGUUCAAGAAAAACGUGUGAAUGCAUUGUCAGCUCAUCACAGCUCAUUCAUGUCGAGUGAGCCAGCCGGUACCACAUUUAAAAUUAUGGGUUGGGGGAGAGGCAGAUGCACUCACCCAAAGAGCCAGCAUUUACACAUUGAUCAUGCACACUUCAAAACGUACGUUGCCCGUUGGUGGUCAUUCCGUCGAGGAUUGCACGAAGAGUGGAGUGGGAAGUGGGAUGCUGAGGGUGAUGCAGCACCCCCUGGGGUUGGGGAGAAAAAUUUUUGGUAGAUUAUUUUUGUCAAAAAUAAAAAUGGGAAAAAAAAGCACAUUGAAACAAUAGCAUAUUUAACUUUGCGGACUAAAUGUAUAUGUUAAAAACGUUUUUGUUUGUUAAUAACAUGGUCACCAGCUGACGCCUUGCUUGCUCCCGGGUCACGUUGUAUCAGGCGUAAUUGGAACGUACAAGUUAACUGUUGACAGAGGAUAGUUCUAUAAUAGUGCACAGGGCGGAAAAGUUGUAGUUGCAGAUUUAGACCAUGGAGUUAAAGGAAAUUCAUCUUUGGUGUCUUCAAAUAGGUAAGACAUGCUUGCAUUGUAGCUAUAUUAUUAUUUGGUGUUGCUGUUGAGCUUCAGCCGUUGUUUUUUUGUAUGCCAUUCACCUGUGACCUUUGAGUUUUCAAAUAUGUUUGUGCACUUUUAUUUCCAAUACAAAAACUCUAACACACACUGUAGGUGAAAUCGAACGCUGUUUUUGUAAUAGCCUAGUAGUAGUCAACUAUCCAGCAUGCGUGUGCACUGCCAUUGUGCACUCAUUGUAUGGAGAAAACGCACGGGCAGGAGAAAUUUGGACCAAAACGGCUGUUUUUGGAUGGGAACAGCUAAAAAAGAUCCUCAGCACCUUCUGCUGUGUGUGACUUCCAGUGCCCCUGCACGAAGAUGGGAGUUGAUGAGGGACCGACUCCUCCAAACUCGAUGCAGAGCGAAUUGGACUAUAUAAAAAAUGCAUAGAGAGAAAAUUAAACCACGAAAAUGACCUGCGUGGUACCCCAAAUACGCAGGGGUGCAAUCGGUUUCACUUUCAUGACUUUUUCACCUGUCAAUGGCGUACCGCAAGCAACACGUCACUUCCGCUCAUUAAUAUUAAUGACAUUAGCUACUGUUGCUAAGUAGGGACAAGCCACCGUUUGUCCCUAAUAGGAAAUGAAUGGAAAUCAUGUAUGAAGGAGAUGUUUACAGAGCUAAACCUACCAAUUCUCUCCGAAAAUGAUGUGCCUGGUGCCAAAUUGACUGGCAAAGAUGUGGAAGAAAUGUUCAGUUAAAGAGAUGGCUUUAGUGUCGAAGGCUGAAAAAGACGAAAAAAAAACGAGCCAACCGAAGCAUAGCUGUAGCUUUUUUAUCGACGCAACUGACAAUGACAUUCUCCUGUUUCAACAAGCUAUCUUUUACCAUCAGCCCUGUCUUUCUUAUAUAUCCUCUGGUUGUCCUACGUCUCUUACCGUUCUUGGGGGUAAUUUAGUUAGCUUUGUGUAGCGAUCGCAAAUGCUACUCAGUGACAGCCAAUGAACCCUUUUAAUUUUUUCAUUGAUUACACAUCUUAAUCCUAUAAUUUAUUUACACUUCCCCCUUACUAAAUUUGUUUUUAUAUAUAUAACAGAAACGGUAACAGUGGCAGUCAGAUACCAUUGUAAUUCUUUUCAUGUCAUUCAUUGUCAGACAGAAGCAGUACGGCACAAUGUUACCCUAAAAAAAUAAGUUAAACCUAUAAAAAUCGCUUACCUCUUUGUCCUCUGAAAGACCAUGCCAACCCAACAUAAUGUUUACUGCAUAUGAAACGUGAAUGGAUUGACCGAGCUGGUGUUAAAAGUCUGCGCAAGUUGAUUCACAUUUUUUCCUCCCGAGUUUUUGGUUUCCGGAAACGUAUGAAGAAAACAUCCUUCAUGUGUCGUAAUGUCUAGAGUCGUUUCUACAAGUUCCAAAAAAGCAAUGCGUGAUCGGCAUGUUCGUUUUUGAAAGAUUACCGGCGAAAAGUAGCACAAAUUAUGUUGUGUCAAUGCGAGGGCGGGUCUGUAAUGUCCCACUUCCGCUUUACGAUGCAACGUCACGGUCUAAAAAUAGCCUGCGUUCGGUACGCCAUUGUUGCCACUGCCAGGAGAAGCUCCACCUGUCUCGGCCACUGUUAUGUACACGACGUCCCUAUGGUUGUGUGGUUUCCUAUUCUAGGAAAUAUACGCAAGGCUACACAUGUUUCUAUUUCUUCUUUUCCAAGUGGUGAUUGCGCAACCAAGCAACAGUUGGAACAUCCCAAGUGAUGAUAAGCUUUCGUUGUUGUUUUCUCAAUAUUUAUUUCAAUCACAACUCUGCGACUGCUCAUAAAAGUUGAGCAUGACCUCACUCUUAUUCCCUUGCUAUGCGUUCAAAUGCGUUCACGAAAAAAACAGUGCUCACAAAACGUCACAGAAAGUUAUUUGGUCUUAUAAAAAUGACAAUGAUGUAGAUUUUUGCAACAGCAUUCAAAAUUAUGAACGUUCAUUCGCUUCCACCCUCCCAGUUUGAAUGGAUUGGACUUCUACUAGUGAUAAACAUUAAAAUUCACAGCAUAAACCAUGAUUGGACACCACACGAUUGGAUGGCCAUCAUUGGCAUGCGUAGCUAGCGACCAUCUUGGGUAGGGCAGUUGGAAGCUACAGUAAUUCUUGAAGAGUACGUAUUACACAGCAUCGGUGCGUUAUUUCUUAGUACUUCCUGAUACCGAUGGCAUCGUUUUAAUGCUGUAUCGGUACCGGUGCCAAUUCUGGUACCGGACUGUACCGGCGCCAAUACUGGUAUGAAUUCACAGUACAUCAAAAACAGCCACGUUUUGACAUCAAUGUCAAAGAGUUAGCAAACGUAUCAAAAGUUCUCUAUUUUACACUGCAGACACGAUAUGAAUACUAGUUAUUCAUGUAAAAUUCAUCUGUCUGUCUACCAUUUCCAGAUCCGUAAAGCUCCUUUGAGGGUCCCGCAUCGUUACCAAGAGCCCCAAAGGUAGAGUCCUGUACUUUUUUAAUGACGUCCUUGCACUCGCGUCACAUUAAUGCUAGCCCACGUAAGUCACGGCAGCGAGUCGUGAUGAAAGAUGCAUAAGGACACUUGCAUCACGCUACUAAAGGCUCAUCAGUAACCAAGUCGUCCCUUCAGACAGAUGAUGUUCCUCGUGCCCAGCUAGGCCGGAAUCCCAAAUGAGAUUUUCUUUUAACAAUCUCGGACGUACGGUAGGACGAUCGGGAAAUUGUUUCAAGUCAGUCUGUUGAAACGCCAUGAGAACACUUUUUAAAAAAGACAACAAAGAAAAUCAGCAUGUAAAUGUCAAACACGCGUGGCAAAAAAACAAGUUAUUUUGCAUGCGCGCUGUCAAACCGACUGCGAGGUGGCCGCUAAUGACUUGACAAGCCUGCGAAAAAACACAGAAUGAAAACUAGUUUUCAUUCUUUGUUUUGCAGCCACUGUGAAUAUGACACAGUACUUUAUAUUACUGCUAAUGUAUGCAAGCUGGGAGCUUCUCCAAGAAAAACAAAACAUUUUUUUGUUGGAUGGAAAUGGUAAAACCUGCCAGCAGUGACAAAAGGUAAGGACAAUACGAGUGGGAAAAGGCCAGUAAUCAACAGAUGGUUUUGGGGAAAAUUACAUUUAAAAAAAAAAAAAAAACGUUUUAAAUCAUUAGCUGUUGGAGGUGUAACGGUACCCACACAAGUAACUGUUUGGUAUGUACAUUGGUACUAGGUAGAGAUGUCGCCGAUCGAUCGGGUCCGAUCACAUCAUUUUCAAAGUAUCGGAAUCGGCACAAAAAUAUCGGACAUGCCUUUUUUUAAAAAAUAUAUAUAUAUUUUAAAUCGUUUUCUAAUUGUAUUCAACGUUACAGACAUAAUAUGUUACACUCAUCCAUAGUCUUUAGUUUAGGCUUAAGGUAGGGUUAUCAAAUCUAUCCCGAUAACGGCGGUAAUUAAUUAUUUUUUAAAUGUAUCACGUUAAAAUAUUUAACGCAAUUAAUGCAUCCGCUGCACGACCCACUCACGCGUUGUCGCGCUCAUUCUGUAAUGGCGCCGUUUUACCUAUAUAGAAAGCUAAAAGGCAGCGUAAAAUGAGUAGAUUGAAUUUUGGCAGGCUUUGGAGCCCAUUUUUAAUUGGCUAAAGCCUUACAAUCCCUCUCCCUACAAUUAGACAUAACGUGGGAAGCAAUGUGGUGAAGCAAGGUAGUAAUUGAUCUUUUGCUUAACACCCUAUGUUAUUUCCCAGCGCAGAGAAGAUAUAUCAAUUCAUAGAACUACGCACAGUCAUGGUUGCACUUCCCAUCAUGCCUUUGGGCAUGGCUACAGUAUCAUUUACUGAAAGCUCAACAAAUACACGAGAUGGCAAUAUUUAGUCACAAUAUACAAAGUCACAUUUAUCCUUUAAGAAUUACAAGUCUUUCUAUCCGUGGAUCCCUCUCACAGAAAGAAUGUUAAUAAUGUAAAUGCCAUCUUGAGGAUGUAUUGUCAUAAUAAACAAAUACAGUACUUAUGUACUGUAUGUUGAAUGUAUAUAUUUGUCCAAGUUUUAUUCAUUUUUUUCUUAAUGCACAUUGCCAAAAUGUAUAUGAUCGGGAAAAAUUAUCGGGAAUGAUUAGAAUUGAAUCGGGAGCAAAAAAAAAAAGCAAUUGGAUCGGGAAAUAUCGGGAUCGGCAGAUAAAUCGGGCUGUCAUUUCAAUCUGUUUGAGUGGGGCAUGUGCAAUAAUUGUGUCAAAUAUUUUAACGUGAUUAAUUAAAAUAAUUACCUCCCCUUAAUGCGAUAAUUUUGACAGCCCUAUAAAAAAAAUAAUCAUUAGUUGCAGCCCUAGUUUAUUGUCUUAUGCAUUUUUGGUCAAGGAUUGUCGAUUUAUAGUCAUCCCUUGUACGACUAUAGACAGUAAUUGUAUGUUUAUAGUAAGAAAAAGUUAAAAUUCGGUUUAAUCACUGCAGUCGGUGACUGCAGUCAUAACAAGAACUCUGGCUCUUAUUACCAUAAUAAGAAAAACAGAAAUAACUUUCCAAAGCAAAACUUUUUUUAAAGCUGUAGCUUUGCCACUUGGUCCUUGUAAUGUCAUUUCUUCCCUCACAUUAGAGCGCAAAUUUGUUCUUUUGUUGCAAAUUUGUUAGAAUAACCAUAAAUCAGAUCAACAAUUUAAUUUACUUUACAACCUCGCAACUCAGCGGUGACCUUCUGCAUGCCAUCUCGCAUAUCGCGGUUUGCCGCAUAUGGCGAACGUAAUGUCAUCCUGGGAGCGCGCCCCACAUUCUCGGGGCGUCUCCGAGCAUCACAGUGAGUGUCAGCGUUCAAACGCUUCCCGAGGUUUCCUCCGGGUCGCCCGCUGACGUUUCGGGCGGGUCGAGGAUGGCGACCGAGGCGACAUCCGACCCUUUUUUUUCUUUUUCAUCCCAUCCCGACACUCGGCGACAGGCCUGACGGCGCACCAGCUGACGCACUCCGGGGGGACGGCUAACCUUUGCGAGACGAGGAGCUCUUUUAUGAGGGGAGACAGUCUUGUGUGUGUCACUGACUUGGCUGACUGUGUCGCCGGGUGCACUCUAGAGAGAAACACUCCGUUGCAUCAUGUCGAGUCGAUAGUCGGCUAUUGAAAGAAGCGCGAGCGUUUUUUUUCCCCACAGCCUUGAUUUACAAUUGAAGAUCCAUGUCUACGCUAGUAGGAACAUCCAGCAGAAUACUAUAAUUUUUACCAAUACAAGUACAGGUAGUCAGGGGCGCCGUUUUGGGGUGAAAAGUGAUAUUGAUUCUCAGGGCCCAUGCCCUGAUGGGGUGCACAAAGAAAAUUAGAACAUUAGGUAAUUGUUUGCAAAUUUAAAUAUGAAUCAUUAUAAUUUUAAUCGGAAUAAAACGAAGGGUUCCUUUCUCUUGUUUUGUUUUUGGCUAAAAGUAAACACCCAAAGAGCAUAUGCACUGCCAGCCACCCCCCAACCCCUGUAUUUUCAUGAAAUGGUUUGGUCUGCCCUUCCUUCGAUCAGACCAGGAGCAGCGGUGCGCAUUGACACAAGUCAAUGACUCAGAGUGUGCGCUGUUGCAGAAAUGUUUUCAAAACAAAAAUCGGGUUAUCAAAAAAUAAAAAGCAAAACGGGAGAAGGGUAGAAAAGGCCAACCGGAUGUGACAAAGUACUUCACAAAGGUGCUGAAAAUUAAACUGUUAUCUUAGCCCACUCCAGCCCCAUCUGGAACCUCGCGUAAGUACCCCUAAGACCCCCCAAAUCUCAAAAUCACCAUCCAAAAACAUGUAUUAUACACCAUUGUUCUGUCCUCGCCAAGAUGUUGGGGCUAAGUCCUAGCGAGACUAGCUAAGCUCCUCAAUGACGAUGUCAGACAUCUGUGUGGUUUGCUGACUUUGUAUUCAUCUGCUUGCAGAAUGAAACUAAAAAAGAAAUCAGUUUCACCUUCAAUAACAGCAUUUCAAAUUUGCAUUUAUAACUAGCUGCUAAUACAACAAUAACAAUCCACACAAACGAUUAGCAUGUAUAAGUUAGCGUCAGCGCAUCAUCAAAAACAAUCACAUAAACUCGCCCCAAGUAUUCGACCACAAGUGAAAACGCUUAGUUUGUGGUUCACAAGUGUAUUUUAAUGGGCUUCAAAUAAUCUUUCAACAAUUAUACAUAUAUUCAAGUUUAAGAAUAGUAUGUACAGUCAUGUGAAAAAAAUAGUACACCCCAUUAAAUAUUCAGUUCUUUGUUAAGAAAUGUUCACAUAUCAAUGCCAGAUUUUGUUUUUCUUCCUUUCUGGAAAAGAAAGUGAUUUAGUUGCAGGUAAACAACAAAAAUUAACAUUGUUUUACUCGUUAAACCAAAGUAUCAACAAAAAUACAUAUUCUAACUGAAGAAAAAGUUAGGACACCCUACCACCUAAUAGCUAGCGUUACACCCUUUGGCUGAAAUAACUUUAGUGAGACGCUUUUUGUAGCCAUCUACCAGUCUUUGACAUCGCUCUGAAGAAAAUUUGCCCUACUCCUCAAUGCAGAAUACUUUCAACAGUCAGAUUUUUGUGAGGUUUCUUGCAUGUACAGCCCGUUUCAAGUCACCCCACAGCAUCGCAAUGGGAUUAAUAUCUGGGAUUUGACUCAGCCUUUCUAGGACUAAUUUCUUCCUUUUCAGCCAGUCCUUGGUGGAUUUACUGGUAUUUUUUUGGGGUCAUUGUCAUGUUGGGGGGGUCCAGUUUCGCUUCAGCUUUAAUUUGUUCACAGAUGAUCUCACACGUUCCUCAAGCACCAUCUGAUACACAAUAGAAUUUCUGGUGGAUUCGAUGAUGGUGAGCUGGCCAGGCCCUGCUGUAGGAAAGCAUCCCCAAACUAUGACACUUCCACCUCCAUGCUUCACAGUUGGUAUGAUGUUCUUUUCCUGGAAUGCCGUAUUGGGUUUACGCCAAACAUGUCCUCUGUUCUGGUGUCAAAAUAAUUCAAUUUUAGACUCAUCUGUUCCCCCCCAAAAAAAUCCAGAGUUCUUGGUCUUUGUCUACAUUCAAUCUGGCAAACUUCAGUCUGGCCUUCAUGUUCUUCUUGGAGAGCAAAGUUUUCUACCUUGCACGCCUCGCAUGAAGGUUCAACUUGUGAGGUCUCUUUCUGAUUGUAGAGGCAUGCACUUUCACAUCAACAGUAGCAAGAGCCUGCUGUAGGUCCCGUGAUGACAUUUGAGGGUUUUUGGAGACUUAGCAUCUUGUGGUCUGCUCUCGGGGUGAACUUGCUUUGACAGCCAAACCUGUGCAUGUUGGCAGUUGCUUUGAAUUUCCUCCACUUGUAGACUAUUUUCCAGACAGUGGAAUGGCUGGUUUUAUAGUCUUUUGAGAUCUUUUGAAAUCCCUUACCAAACUCAUAAGCCUCUACAAUCUUCUUUCUGCAGGCCUCAGACAACUCCUUUGAUCUUACCAUGGUGUUUUCUCUCACUUCAACAGGCAGCCACUGUUGAAAGUUUUCUGCGUGGUGGAGUCGGGAAACUUUCUUCAGACCGAUGUCAAA